GUCGCAAUGGGGCGACGUAUUGCCAACCAGGUUCACCACCAGGUCUCGCGCUUAAUGCGCGGAGGCAUUCUCCAGAACGAGCCGAUAUGGUACCAGCCCGUGCUGAACUUUCCGCCUCUUCCCCUCCCGCCCAGGGCUCCCCCACAACGCUCUUCAUACGACCAAAAGCCAGCAACAACCACACAGGGUGCCAAGCCACGGAGACCCAGAAACCGACCGGUGCCGAUUUACUACCUGGAAGACGACAUUCGGCGGCAGUUCUUCACGGACCACCCGUUUGAGGCUUAUAGGCCGGUGACGCUGGUCGAGAAGGGGGACGUUGAACUGAGGGAGGAGAACGGGGCGAGCUGGAAACGGUUGAGGCAGCGGGGAAGGAACCCGUCUGUUGAAGACGCCAUACAACUUACGUUGAACCUGCACCAAGUGCAUAAUUACUCCCUCUCAGACGCCUAUGCGCAGUCUGUUGCCCAGUUCCGUGCUCUGCGUUCUGAACACCAUAUAGCAACGACAAUUGCGGCCAUGGAGGCAGAACAGCUGGGCGGGGUGUUUGGCCGGGGGGAAAUAGAGCAUGGCUUCGAGAAGGAAAAGCGGGCGAUCGCGACAUGGGAGAGGCUGGACGACGUGAAGGAGGGCACACUUGCCUCGAGGAAACGGUGGAAAAUGGUGGCUGACCCGCAUAUGGGGGAAACACAAUGGUCUCGCGGGGGGGGCCUAUGUCAGACUGUGGCAGGCGGGCAACAGGGUGGACUAUUCGCCUGUUGCCACGAGUCCAGUGCGCACUGGUAG